UUGGGAGUCUGUGGUGGCCUAUGGUUCCGCGGGGUGCACCACUGGGUUUCACAAUGGAGGCGCCUACUCGGCCAGGCCAAGGACAGGGGGAGGGCUCAGAGCGGCUUGGAAAAGUCCCCUGUGGCUUCCAGGCUGGUGCUAUCCGGGAGCUUCUUCGGUGGGCUGCUCCACCACAGGUCAGGGCUGAGCGACAGGAAGGAGUCCCACAGCGUUUGGAAGUGCAGUGGCAAGAGUUCCUCAAGACAGUCCAGUCCCCUUCUUCAGGGUGGGGAAACCCACAACCUCUGGACAUGAUGCCAUGGGAUGACCUUGCUUGUUUUGAGCGGGCAGCUGAUACCGGCCAGUGGCCUCAAGGAGAGUGGGUGAGUCGACUGGUGCCAAACCUCAGCAGAGAACCCCAGCAGGCCUGUAAUGGCCUGGAAGCCAGAGACAUAGGGCACCAUUGCAAGGCGAAAGUUGUUGCCCUACAAGAAGACUCUACUCAUGUGGAGAAGCAGCGUCAACAUUUCAGGCAGUUCUGCUACCAAGAGGCUGAGGGCCCCCGGGAGGUAUGCAUCCGGUUGCGGGAGCUCUGCCAUUGCUGGCUAGAGCCAGAGAGCCGAACGAAGGAGCAGAUUUUGGAGCUGCUGAUCCUGGAACAGUUCUUGACAAUCCUGCCCAAGGAGAUCCAGAACCAAGUUCAGGAACGUGGACCCGAAACCUGUGCCCAGGCUGUGGCCCUGGCAGAGGGUUUCCUGGUGAGGCAGCGAGAGGGCAAGAGACCGGACGGACAGGAUUGUGGUUGCUGUUUCAGGUGGAGAGGCUGUUUCAAGGAGUGCCUGUGAACUUUCCUGACACACAAAGAGCUUUGUCAAACAGCAGGCCCAGACAGCUCUGCAAGGAAGCAAGACCGCCAGACAUCAGGAAUGCCAGUUC